AUGAAGUUCAUCGAUAUUAUUGCUGGAUUUCUUUUAUGUGUAUUAGGUGUUUGUGACUCUAAACCUUCAAUAUAUAGUAUUCAAAAACGGUUAAAGAACUUGCAAUCAGCAGCGAACAAGAAUCAUGAAAAGACAAUGUUUUCCAUGAGAUACACAGGAUCGGAUUUAACAUCAGAUAGCGGAAGGGGUGAUUCAGUUUUACAAUCGGAAAAUGAUAAAAAUGAAUAUAUUAAAAAGAUUUUGGCUCAAAGACAUUCACAUCGACCUUUAGUUAAAAUUAAUCAUCAGGAGGUAGCUGAUGGAGAAGGAUUAGAUGAAUAUGUAGUAAAUAGAUUGAUGAAAGAACAUCGACAACUUAAACAUAAAAGAGCAUGUCGAGGAGUUGAACGUAGGUUAAAAACAUUAAAAUGCCCAUCAGAUCGUUCUAUAUGUUUAUUAGAUGAAAUGGUAUGUAAUGAUUAUCCGGAUUGUCCUAACGGAGAAGACGAGAAUCCUGCUGUGUGCCUUAUUCAUGAUUGGGCUUCAAGAUGGUUUUCAAAGAUUCAGUAUUACCUAAUACCAACUAACGAUAUAUAG